AAGACGAACGUCAGAUCUCAAUAAGAAAGACAAUUCUGAAACCAGCAAAUUGUGAAAGCCCAACAAUGUCCAAACAUGAACAACUCAUGAAACAUACUUGCAGAAUCAAAGAGAGCCAGAAGAAUACCGGACUACCACCACUACAGCCUAAUGCCAGUUAUUGGCAAAAGUGUAUCAGAUUCAUAAGGAAACUCUCCAUACUGAACAUAACCAUAGCUCAAAACAGAGAUUUCUUCCGGAACACUUCCACCAUGAGACAAGAAAUGAGGAGACACAACAUGGGUCCUCAUUUUUAUAUGAUACACCCCUUCAGCGUCAUCAACCUCCUUCUGGAUGCGGCAUUCAUCAUUGUAAUGAUGAUAAGGGUGUAUUUGUUAGCUUUCCAUAUCAAGAGAUUCCAAACCAAUCUAGAUACAGGCGCAGACGUGAUGUGGACUAUGUUGAUGAUAUCCCAUUUUCUCAGAGGCUACACAGACAGCCACACAAAGACUAUCUACGUCGAACCCAAGAAAGUAAUCAUCCAUCGCUUGAGAACGUAUUUUUUGUUCGAUGUAGCGAUCCUCGCAAGUCAUUUGAUUAUAUUCAGAACAAACAACGUGAAUGUGGUUGUUACCAUAUAUUCCAUCAUGUUUAUCUCCUACCUAGUGAGAUUCAAGAGUUUCUUAUCAGUGCUGGAAAACCUUGUGAACUUCAUGAAAUUGAAGAAAGCUUUCUUCGCAAUUUACCACUUGACGCUAAUAGUCGGCAUUAUGCAUCUUUUGACCUGCCUCGUACUGACAAAUCCUUCAAUGAUAAUUAUGAUCGAUGCAUAUCAAUCGAAGCCAGUUGGCGAAUUCACCAUGUGGGACUGGUAUAUAGGCGGUUUCAGUAUAGUGGUCUAUCAUUUCUUAGGAGCUUUCUUCGUCCCGACCGACCAAUGGACAGACGACCAGAAUCCCAUAACAAACUUCUACUUAUUCCUAAUCCUCCUAGUCGGCAGGAUAUGCACCUUGAUUCUGUUGGCCAAAGUCCUCGAAUAUUUCGGAUACACGAAAAUGUCGUCGAGCGUAUACGAACUGAAAAUGCAGCAGCUGAUGAGCUUCAUCCGCUUCAAAGAACUUCCGCCGCAUCUGAGAGAAAGAGUAAUCCUCCACUUCCGAAGCAAAUUCAAUGGCGAAUACUUCAACGAGAGACGAAUAGUGGGCAGCAUGUCGGAAAGCCUCAGGGCUGAUCUGUUCCUCUACGGAGCAAGGAAGCUCAUCCAACGACACGAAGCUCUCAAGAACCUGCCACCACAUGCAUUAGGUACCCUGGUGGCACAAAUGGACUACCAACUAUACCUGACCGGCGAUGUCAUCAUCGAUAACGGAUAUUUAAUCAACCACGUAUACUUCAUCGCUUCUGGUACCAUUGCAGGAUACAAUUCUGUGCAAGAGGAGAUCCUGCAUUUAGAAGAAGGCGGUGAAUUCGGACUUACUUCGUGGCUGAUAUACAAGACUAAUAUCACUGUACUGAGAUGGGUAGCAGUGGAAACAUCGGAGGUUUAUACUAUCACUAGGGAUGCUUUGGGGGUGUUUUUCGAUGCACAACCCGAGGUGGCCAAGUAUUUCGAGGCAAGAAUGAGAGAGCGGGUGGGCAAAUUCGAAAAACAUCGGGGAGGUAUGUGGAGUAGAGGUGAGAGGACUCUGUUGAGGGAUUUGAAAGAAGGAGUUUUGUUGAAACCACCCAGAUUGAGAAUAUUUGGAUUCGAGUAAAUUAUAAUUUUAUACCCAUUUCAGAGUUGUGCUGUAUAACAAAAGCAUAUAAGGAAGAUUCCGCUCAGUAAAGCAUGACAAAAAGUUCCUAAUCUUGUUAAUCUGUCCGAAAAUGUACGGUUUUCGAGAUGUAGGGUGUUAGGUUUUUCGAAAUAAUGAAGUCUUUCAUGAAAAGCUGGAAAACGCUUCAGCCGAUUUCACAGUUCAUUCAUACAAUUAUUGGACAUCUACUGGACCAAUUAGAUAUGAUCCAGAAUUUCCAGGGGUUGUUAUUUCACAAAUGAAAUAUCACUCUUCAGUUUUAUGCGAUUAUCACCAAUUAUUCGAAUAAAACCACUCAAUAUACAACAUCUUUGUCACUUUUCACAAUGUCUUGCUGAAACACUAUUGCUCGGCAUGUCUCUGAACUUCAAAAGGGAAAACUAUAAUAUUGAGGAAAUAUUCAGACAUCUAUCGCAGUGUAUUUAUUUACAACAAAAUAACCAGCGAAUGAGUUGCCAUUUCUUGGAAUUAAAAAUACCUGUCUAUCAUCCUAGAAAGAUUAUUUUUUCACUGAGUAAAAAUUUGUAAAAGCUUCUGCAUUUUAGUGAACAUUUGAUUUGAUGUUUUUCCUUCAUUUCCAUAAUUAAAUUCACUACGAUAUACAAAUGAUUCGCUUACUGGGUACACCCCUGAAAAUUCUGUAUCGAAUAUUUAAUCAUUUAAAUAAACCUGGAAAAGGCUAUCAACCGUUUCAAGUUAAUACUGUACACUGUAUUUUAAUGUAGAUAUUGUGCCUAAUUUCCGAAAAUGAAGGUUUAUUCAUGUUGUGUGUUUAAGAAUUUUGUGGAAAUCUUAUCGUUUGUGACGUUUUUACAUUUGUCAUGAAUUUCCAUCAAGUGAAGGUCGAGUCAAUUCAAAACUCGAAAAUGUCAUUGAAAUCGGCUGAAGCGUUUCGCGUUAUUAAUGAAAAACUCAACACCCUGUAUCUCGGAAAAUAAACAUUUUCGGACCCAUGUAUGUUACUUAUAAACUUUUUUCCAUAUACUGCUCAGAGGAAUCUUCCCUAGGGAUAUAUCACUAAAACUCUGAAAACCCCAGUGGCACGAAUAUACUAGUUAUAUUUUUUUGUCAAUAUUCUGACUUAUAUUCAAUUGUUAGUUGUACAUUAGUUUUCAAAGUGAAUGACCUUAAUUUCCUUAACAGUAUGAUUAAAUAAUUAUGUUCAAUA